ACUACACCUGGAACGAAAGUAUCUUAUUUUACACUGAGUCCUCAGUUUUGGUAGCAUUAGCACUGUUUGUGGACAGAAGCAGCAACAACGACGUUCAGUCGCGACGUCAACGAGAAAUACGUCCUCUGUGAUUGGACACGAAACCCGGAACUACUUCUUUUGGAGCGCUUGUCAACACAAUCAUGGCUGGAUUAUAGGAGAAGGGACACAGCCACAGCUGCCGUUAUUAGGACACAUUCAAGGGGGACCGUCUGUCUGACUGUCGUAUGAAAGUAUCCGGAAUUCAAAGUUCCGCCUGUUUAAUGCGGGGCUCGUCCCAUAUGAAGGCAGAGUGAAGACAGAAACAUGCACAAACUCACAAGGGCAACGCUGGCCUUAAACGGACUUGGCCGGUGUUUUAUUGCAGAAAAGCAUGUAUCUGCUAUAAAAAUCACCAGCCGAGGACUAGUGUGUGCAGAACAUGGGGACGAUUCUGGCAAGAAUGAGGUUUAUGAUGUUAUUAUAUCCGGGGGAGGACUGGUUGGAUCUGCAAUGGCGUGUUCCCUGGGCAUGGAUCCCAACUUGGUGGGUAAGAAGAUUCUUCUGCUUGAAGCAGGCAACAAGAAAGUGAUGGACAAGGUCCCAGACAACUACAGCACCAGAGUUAGCUCCAUCAGUCCAGGCUCUGCCACCUUCCUCAGUGGUAUUGGAGUAUGGGAUUACGUCACACAGAUGAGGUGCAAGCCCUAUAAAAAGAUGCAGGUUUGGGAUGCCUGCUCAGAUGCCCUGAUCACAUUCGAUAAGGACGACCUACAGGAUGAGAUGGCAUACAUCGUGGAGAACGACAUCAUUGUGGCUGCACUCACUAAACAGCUGGACAGUCUGUCCGAUAACGUGCAAGUUCGGUACAGGUCCAAGGUGGUGAAGUAUGCGUGGCCCAUGCCCCACCAGUCGGCAAACUCCAUCCCGUGGGUCAAGGUCGCGUUGGCCAGCGGAGAGACGGUUCAGACAAAGCUGUUGAUAGGUGCAGAUGGACCAAACUCAAUGGUUCGGCAGGCACUGGGGAUACCCACAGUCAAGUGGAAUUAUGACCAGUCUGCUGUGGUCGCUGUGCUGCACCUAUCGGAGCCCACAGAGAACAAUGUCGCAUGGCAGAGGUUCCUCCCAACAGGACCCAUUGCAAUGUUGCCGCUGUCGGACACGGAGAGCUCUCUGGUGUGGUCGACCAGCCAUCGGCUGGCAGAUGAGCUGCUGGAGCUGGAUGAGGAGAGCUUUGUCGACGCUAUCAACUCUGCCUUUUGGAAUAAUGAGAACCAGUCGGAGCUGAUUGAGACGGCUGGCUCUCUGUUCCGCGGCGCCCUGUCGGUUAUCAUGCCGUCUGCAGGUUCACCUCGACAGCUUCCCCCGAGUGUGGCAGGGAUCGGCCCAAAGUCCAGGGUCAUGUUUCCUCUGGGCAUCGGUCAUGCAUCGGAGUACAUCAGGCACCGCGUAGCUCUCAUUGGGGAUGCAGCCCAUCGUGUCCAUCCUCUGGCGGGUCAGGGAGCCAACCUAGGCUUUGGGGAUGUGGCUUGCCUCACACGGCUCCUGAGCCAGGCAGCCUUUGACGGGAAGGACCUGGGAGCGAUACAGCACUUGUUAGAAUUUGAAACUGAACGCCAGCGACACAAUCUGCCCAUGAUGGCUGCCAUCGACCUCAUGAAACGGCUUUACUCCACUAACGCCGCUCCCGCUGUUCUCCUACGCACUUUCGGUCUGCAGGCCACCAACAUGCUCCCAACGCUAAAAGAGCAGAUCAUGGCAUUUGCAAGCAAGUGAUGCAUUCAUCUUGCUCGGUUUUUGGUGGAUCUUCAAAGACCGCGGUUUUAAAGGCUGUAAAAAAUUGUGAAUGUAGAAAAAAUAAUAAAAUAAAGAUAUAUUUUAAUCCUU